UUUCCGCUCUCCUCCGUUGCUAAGUAACAGCUCCUAUGCUCUCCGUGCUUCGCCAAGCAGAAGCUAGCUAAAUGCUACGACCCAGAUUAUGGGAAAACCCGAAGCCACAAGUAGUGUCUGUUUGAUGAGAGUGCAGAUUUGAAGCAAUGACUGCUAUAAAAGACGGAGAGUACACGGCUACGAUCUACAAACUGAUUAAAGAUGGUCAGUAUGUGGAUGCCAUUCACAUCCUGAACGGCCAGCUCCAAAAACACACCAAGUCCAGGGCGGCGCUGUCUCUGCUUGGUUUCUGCUACUAUCACAUCCAGGACUUCACCAACGCCGCUGAGUGCUACGAGCAGCUCACGCAGCUGCACCCGGAGGUGGAGGAGUACAAAGUGUACUACGCCCAGUCCCUGUUCAAAGCUGGUGCUUAUCCCGAGGCCACCAAGGCUUCAUUUGCACUCGACAACCCCAGCAGCCAAACCAAGAUGGUCAAGCUGCAGGCCUGCAUUAAAUAUUGUGAGGAAGAUUAUUCCGCUGCCAAGUCGCUGUUGGAGCAGCUGCCGCCGGACGACCCGGACUACGUCUAUAAUAUGGGCUGUUUGCUUUACCAGGACGGCAAGUAUGAGGAGGCCUGCAGGAAGUUCAUGUCUGCCAUGCAAGUGCUGGGAUACGUGCCAGCGUUGUCCUACAACAUCGCCCUGACUUAUUACAGCCUGAAGAACCACAAUCAGGCCCUCAAGUAUAUCGGAGAGAUCAUAGACCGUGGAAUCAAGGAACAUCCAGAGCUGAGUGUCGGGAUGACGACCGAAGGCAUCGACAUCCACAGCGUGGGAAACACGCUGGUCCUGCAUCAGUCGGCCCUGAUCGAAGCUUUUAACCUCAAAGCUGCAAUCAAUUACGAGCUGAAGAACUUGAAAACAGCUCAGGAGGCUCUGACAGACAUGCCCCCGAGAUCAGAUGAGGAACUGGACCCAGUGACACUCCACAACCAGGCUCUGUUGAACAUGGACACGAAGCCGUCGGAGGGCUUCGAGAAGCUGGCCUUCCUCCUGCAGCAGCCCUCCUUCCCCCCCGUCACCUUUGGAAACCUGCUGCUGCUCUACUGCAAACACGAGUACUUUGACCUGGCAGCUGAUGUCCUGGCAGAAAACGCACAUCUCACCUACAAGUUCCUCUCCCCGUACAUGUACGAGUUUCUUGAUGCUUUGUUGACCUGCCAGACGGCACCAGAGGAGGCUUUCAGGAAGUUUGAAGAGAUGAACGGAAAACUGGCGGAACAGCUACGCAAGCUAUCAAAGCAGCUGCAGGAAACCAGGCUGACUCGAGAUGAGGAACUGCUGAAGAAAGCCGUGCAGGACUUCGAACUGAUGCAGGAAAAGUACAUCGUUGUCCUCAUGGCUCAGGCUAAGAUCUACUGGAACCGCGAGAACUUCCAGAUGGUGGAGAAGAUUUUUCGCAAGUCGGUGGAGUACUGCAACGAUAACGACACCUGGAAGCUGAACGUGGCUCACGUGCUCUUCAUGCAGAACAAGUACAAGGAGGCUAUCGGCUUCUACGAGCCCAUCGUCAAGAAGCACUAUGACAACGUGGAGCAGUGUAACAUACAAGAGUGUCCCUGCAAGUGCAAACCAUCGAUCCUGAACGUGAGCGCAGUGGUCUUAGCCAACCUGUGUGUGUCCUACAUCAUGACGAGCCAAAACGAAGAGGCUGAAGAGCUGAUGAGGAAGAUCGAGAAAGAAGAGGAGCAGAUCUCCUACGACGACCCCGACAAAAAGGUCUUUCACCUCUGCAUCGUCAACCUGGUCAUCGGGACGCUGUACUGUGCAAAGGGAAACUACGACUUUGGCAUCUCCCGUGUCAUCAAGAGCCUGGAGCCUUACAACAAGAAGCUGGGGACGGACACAUGGUUCUACGCCAAGCGCUGUUUCCUGUCCCUGCUGGAGAACAUGUCCAAACACAUGGUCAUGCUGAGGGACACCGUGGUACAGGAGUGCAUUCAGUUCCUGGAGCACUGCGAGGUUUAUGGGAAGGAGGUGCCGGCCAUCAUCGAGCAGCCUCUGGAGGAGGUCCGCAUUCACAUCGGCAAGAACACCGUCACCUACGAGGCUCGGCUUCUCAAGGCCCUGUUCUACGAGGUGAUUGGCUGGAACAAGUGACAUCACAAAGGUGU